GACACUGCAAGAAGCACCGAGGUAAAAACAACUAGACAGUCAAUGCAGAGCUGGUGAUUUGAUGGCUGAACGACAGGUACAAGUGAUUCGAAUGAUUCAUUUCGAAAUUUCCUUUUUGGACAGUCAUGGGCGUUUCAGGAAGUGCUGAGGUGAUGUAAUGAUCAUAUACAAGGAAGUAACUGGAACAGUUUUGAAAACACAAAUAAAUUAUAUUUGAGCCCCUGCACACUGUACUUCAUAAGAAAUGAGGAUCACAGCUUUGAUACGUGGUGUAGUGGUGCUGCUCAUCAGUGUUCUGACAUUGUAUUUGGCAAGUAAACUCAUGGAUUCUAAAGAAAAGCUGAAUGAUGUGAAAUAUUUCAAAGUUACAGAACCAAGAGUUAAGAAGCCCCUGUGUGGAAUGGAAAUACACUGUCCUGAAAACUAUUUUUCAUUUAGAAUCAGAAGUGGGGCAGCUAGUGUUGUCGGACCCAACAUUUGUUUCAAUGAUAAAGUACUCAUGAAUGGUAUACGGAAUAACAUCGGAAGAGGGUUAAACAUUGCUCUAGUUAAUGCUUCGACUGGUGAUCUAUUAGCAACUGACUUUUUUGACAUGUGGAGUGGAGAUGUUAAGCUGCUGUUGGAUUUCUUACAUCGGGUGAAACCUGGCACUCUUUUUCUACUUGCUUCUUUUGAUGAUCCGGCAACAAAGAUGACUGAUGAAGCAAGAACACUUUUUACUGAGCUAGGAAGCUCUUUAAUUCAUGAUGUGAAUUUUCGAGACAACUGGGUUUUUGUUGGAGGAAAAUCAAUUAAUGAGAAAAGUCCAUUUGAACAGGUCCUGAAGAAUGACAAAGCAAAGAACAAGUACGGAAAUUGGCCUGAAGCAGUAGAAAUGGAGGGUUGCGUGCCAAGGAAGCUGGAUUAGUUACUUCUUGAUAGAUUGCCAUAUUUUUUAAUCUCUUUGGAGGCACUGCAUUGGCACACCAUACCCAUCACCACUAAAUGACCAUUUUUAAAGUUUUUUACCAUCUGCACAAAUAUAUUAUUGUCACCAUGUAAAAUUUCAUUGUCGGUUUGCAUUACUGGGCCAUUGAAAUGCAUUUUACACUGUUUAGAACAAAAUGAUACAAGAGCUGGAUGGCAGAGCUUAGAGUGGGUGUAUGAAGUUAGAAAUGGAACUAAUACUUUACAAUUUAAAGACUGUUAUUGACUGAAACUGGCCAUAUUCAUUAUGUCAGUCCGGGGUUGUGGCCAGUUUCAUGGGCAGAGGCCAGUUUUGGGCAAAAUUUUGCUUGAACUAAUGUUAAAGAGUGCAAAAACUAAAUUUACUACUGCUGUAACUUGCGUUUAAAAUUUCCUGAUCUGCAUUGGUUCAGCCAAUUUCUCCCGGAUUGCACUGAUAAAACUAAGGAAAUUCUAACAGUGCACUUUGUUUGCAUAUUACAUUUCUUGCUAAUGCUAUUGCUGUAAAUUCAAGUGUGUACAUAUAUUUCAUUGCAAAUUUGUUUGUUCGACAUAACAUGCUCUGUUAUUGUACCGCC